ACCGUCAUCACAUCCUCUUUUAAUUGGAAUUUGGAGCAAAAUAUUUCUAACAUAAAAUAUUCUCUGCGUGUUGGACGCAAGAAAUUGGUGCGUUUUGAGCAGAGAUGGGUUCUUUAAUGGCCGGAUGGGACUCACAUGUCCGUGAUCCUAAAGCUGAGACAUAUCAGAGGAACAGAUCAUUCACCAAAGGCGAGAUCGACGCUUACUGGCGAACAAAGAAGAAAAUAGAGGAAGAACAUCUGAAAGCCAUUUCUGACACAUCAGAUGGCAGUCAGGAAAGCACCUUCAAAGAGGAGUCUGCAGGAGUAAAACUUCAGAGGUCAAGUUCCUUGCCCCUAGCCAACACAAAGGAGCGGUUCAUGGAAAAUAUCAUUGAAACUGGAACAGACUUGGAGAAGCUUUUACAGAAAACUGGCUGGUGGACAAGGAGCAACUGGGCAUAUCUGAAUGAACCUCCAGUAAUCGGACCGGAAGGCGCCUCCCACAAGUUCGCAGCUCAGUUCCAUGUCGCUGGCUUGUCAGCCUCCAAGGCAAACCCCCGUGCUGAGAUCACUACAUGAUCUACUUGAAGUUUCCCCACCGACUUCCAACUUGGGGAAAUGUUUGUACAUAUUUGUAUUCCAAUGUGUGUUCAAGGGUUUCGAACUACAAGUCUCUGAUGUUGAAGCUAUAAAUUAAAGCCAUGAACCACUUCAGUCAGGGGAUGUACAUGCAUAAGAGUCGAUGAUGUGUGUGGAGGAUUUACUUGUGUUACUAAUUUUGGAUGUGUAUGUAAUAGUAAUCAAAUGAUGACAACAUUUUGUGUUUGAAAUAUAGGAAAUUUGGUGGGGUGUCGAGUGGAAUGUAUUGUUGGUCCAUUCCUACC